AUGUUCGGCUGUUGUCAAGCGCACGGCGACAACCAGGCGGAGGUUGUGCAUGCUCACGUCCCCGAUCCUGGUGUGAAGGAUGGUAAUCAAAUCGAGCAACGUCCUUGCCACACGUAUCCGAACGGAUCCACUUACACUGGUGAGUGGCUUGGGGCGCAUAGACAUGGCCAUGGCACACAGGUCUGGCCAGACGGUGCUCGAUACGAAGGCCGAUGGGCAAAUGACAAAGCUCACGGCUGGGGAAGAUUUGAGCACACAGAUGGCGACAUUUACGAAGGAAAUUGGUUGAAUGACAAAGCUCACGGCCAAGGAACUUACACCCACGCCAGCGGCUCCAAGUUUAGCGGGGAAUGGAGAGAUGACAAGCAGCAUGGCUUUGGUGAAGAGACGUGGCCCGAUGGAGCCCGGUAUGUCGGAGACUACAAGAACGGUCUCAAGUCUGGGCGAGGUGAUUUUACUUGGGCUGACGGGUCCAGUUAUUCAGGACAGUUCCAUGAGAAUGACAUUCAUGGCGAAGGCAAAUACAGUUGGGAAGAUGGACGUGUCUACGAGGGUCAGUGGGACAAGAACAGAAUGCACGGUGUAGGGAAGUUCCGGUGGGCCGACGGACGAAUCUAUGAGGGAGGCUACGUCAACGACCAGAAAGAGGGCCGGGGUAAAUUUUCUUGGCCUGAUGGGCGCUCUUAUGAGGGGCAGUGGGCAGAAGGCAAGCAGCAUGGCAGCGGCGUUUUCACCAACCAGAAGGGUGAGAGGAAAGUGGGUGAGUGGCUGAACGGCAAGCGGCAGAACUGA